CGAAGCAUUCGACUGGCACGCGCUCAUGAUGGUACCCAUUCCAACGGAGUAGCAAUCUUCUCUCUCGAACCAUAGGAACACACCGCGCGAUAUGGCGAUGGCCCAGCAGGCUGAUCGCGAUCACUGGGCCAAUCGAGCAGAGUUUAUUCUGUCAUGUAUUGGGAUGUCCGUGGGUCUGGGAAAUGUCUGGAGAUUCCCUUAUGUCGUCUACGACAAUGGUGGUGGUGCCUUCAUGAUACCAUACUUUGCCCUGAUGGUACUUGUUGGGAGGCCCAUGUACUACCUGGAACUCAUUCUGGGACAGUUCUCCAGCAGUGCCCAGGUCGAAGCUUUUGGAGGAUUCCCGAUGGCUAGAGGCCUUGGCUGGGCUAUGGUGUACGGCUGCACGUGUAUUUCCAUGUACUAUAACAUCAUCUUGGCGUACGCGCUGCUGUACCUCUACUAUUCCUGCUGGCAUACCCUUCCCUGGUCCGUCUGUGACUACGAAAAGUGGGCGGACGAGAACUGCUUCGUUCAGCGGCCCGGCAUGUUCCCUUGCACAAGAGUUGUAGAGAUGCUGAUAAGAGACUACGAACAUAAGAACAUUCAAGGUAACGACACCGUGCUCGUCUCCGACAAAGAGAAAUCUGUCACCGUACCGCGGGAAGCUCUCGACCUCAUGAACAGCGAGUGCACAAAUGCCACACAGUCUGCACCGGAACAGUUUUUCUAUAAACACGUUCUGGGUCUGAGCCCGAGUAUAGAACAAUUGGGCUCUCUUCAAUGGCAACUGGUGGUGGCGUUGGUCGUCGCAUGGGCUUGUGUCUAUCUGUGCGUUUACAAAGGAAUCCACACGUCAGGAAAGGUGGUCUACGUAACUGCUGUGGCGCCUUUUAUCAUUCUGGGAGUAAUGUUCGUAAGAGGAAUUACUCUCCCCGGAGCAAUGACUGGACUCCACUUCUAUUUCGUGCCGGAAUGGAGUAAGGUGCUAGACUUCCAUGUGUGGCGUAACGCGGCUGAACAGAUCUUCUAUUCGCUGAGCAUCUCCGAAGGCAUGAUCAUCUGCUUCGGUGGCUUCAACGAAUUUCGAAACGAACUACGCAGGGACGUAUUCAUCAUCGCAGCAGCAGACACAUUCCUGAGCAUCUUCGGGGGGAUCGUCGUGUUCUCUGUGCUGGGCAAUAUGGCUCAAGAACUGGGCGUUCCCGUCAGCGAAGUCGUCUCGGACGGUUUCAGCCUGGCGUUUGUGGCCUACCCGCAAGCGCUGAGCAUGAUUCACUAUCCGAACUUCUGGUCCGUCGCGUUCUUCGCCAUGCUUUUCUUCUUGGCUAUCGACUCCGAGUUUGCCGCCGUGGAAUGUGUCCUGACACCAUUCAAGGACAAGUUCCCGUCCUUGAAACAGCACAGCUCCAAGCUGUCUUUCUUGGCCUGCGUGGGGAUGUGCAUCUUCGGACUACCGAUGACACUACAAGGUGGUCUCUACAUCUUGACCAUACUGGACGUCUUUGUUGGCGGCCAGAUGUUGGCCUGGAUAGGGGCAACGGAAAUUUUGGUCGUCGUCUUUGGAUAUGGACUAAACCGUUUCUGCUUGGACGUCGAAUUCAUGAUGGGUGAUCCUCCUGGAACAUUUAUCCGAUUCUGUUGGAUGGUCUGUUGUCCACUCUGUCUCGGAACAAUAGUGCUAAGCAGCUUCGGAACAUGGACGGACAUCACUAUUGGCGAGUACACCUUCCCGCUCUGGGCCAGCGUCGUCGGAAUUUUGUCAGCACUCGUUGCCAUGGGGAUUGCGGCCGUGUUCGCCAUCAGGCACAUCGUGAUUUGCAAAUACAACUUCCACAAGGCCAUGGAGACCGUAGAAAAAUGGGGCCCAAGAAAUCCUGAGGACAACAAGGAUUACGUGGAGUUCAUGAAAGCGCACGGAUACGAAGAGACAUCAAAGGGCAUAUUAACGCUUGGGAAGACUCCUCACGAUGAGGGUCCGCAGAAGGGUCACGCGGAAGACGUCAAAGAUGCACCAGAGAAGGAGGGCAGUCCACUGCCUUUGCAGGGCGUGCCUAAGAUGGUGUAAUGGUGCACUAAAAAUGCUCUGCAAUAUAAAAAUCUUUUUUUUACAAAAAGUUACUGGUGAAGCGCAAAGAGUGUUGUGCGAAGAAGAGGAAAGUGGAGGAUUAGACAAUGUUUGUAGGAAACUUGAAGCGACAUUGAUAUUCACAUUCUUUGUGCUGCCUUGCGCUUUUAGAAAUUUUUGAUUUUUGUUUGCUACUGCAAGCACA